AUGAUAAACAAGCAAUUCUUUGAGAUUAUGUUGGUACUGCUUGCCUCUUCCACUAUUUUCUCCCUAGAACUGAAACUAGUUCUCUUCCAACAAAGAAGAGUGAACAGAGAGAGUUUAAAACUCUUGAAUAGAUUGCAACCCUCAGCAAUUCAUCAGUGUCUAUCACACAGGAGAAACUUCCUGCUUCCCCAGAAGUCUGUGAAUCCACACCAGUACCAGAAAAGGCACACACUGGCCAUUCUUCAUGAGAUGCUUCAGCAGAUCUUCAACCUCUUCAGGGCCAAUAUUCCUCUGGAUGCUUGGGAGGAAAGCCACAUGGAGACGUUCCUCAUCGAACUUCAUCAACAGCUGGAAUACCUAGAAGCGCUCAUGGGACUGGAAGCAGAGCAGAAAUGUGGCCCACUGGGUAGUGAGAACCUUAGGCUACAGGUUAAAAUGUACUUCCGAAGGAUCCGUGAUUACCUGGAAAACCAGGAAUACAGCAGCUGUGCCAGGACCAUUGUCCAAGUAGAAAUCAACCGGUGUCUGUUCUUUGUGUUCCAACUCACAGGAAAGCUGAGCACACAAGGAAUGGACCCUUGAACCAUGUGGAGCAGGAGCCAACCGCAGGCGUUAAAAUGAUAGGGCGAGGAGAACAAGGUUUUAAAGGUGAAGUAACUUGCUCAGAGCAGCACAGCAAGCAAGCCACAGAGCCA